GGUCCAAGUUUUGUUGUAUAGAGAGCAGACGAGUGGAGUUUGUACUUUCCUUUCCUGUUUUUCCACCUUCUGUCUCACUUUCUCAAACCUGCGGGUCGACGCGAUCCUCGUCUUUCCUUGACGUCAGAGGUCGCGCCUCUGAACCGGGCGAGUGCUGCUCUCAGCUCUGCUUCUGCUUUGACAGCAAAACACAGGGACGCGACGAGGCGAGGCGACCAGACACAUCAGCAGCCGACACGUCUGCUAGUGGGGUUUCAACUUAAAGCAAAAUGGAAAAGAGAACAAAGUUUGCGAUCAGUGCUGUGGGAAUAUUUACUUGUUAUUUCUACUUCGGUAUCUUACAAGAAAGACUCACCAAAGGAAUUUACGGGGAAGGCGAAAAUGAGGAGCGAUUCACGUGCGUCCUGGCACUUGUGUUUGUCCAAUGUGUUGUCAACUACCUCUUUGCCAAAAUGAUGCUGGCCACUUUUUUGAAGCAAGGUGAAGAUACCACCAGGACCUUCUACUAUGCCGCGAGUUCAAUGACUUAUAUCUUGGCCAUGGUCUGCAGUAACAUGGCCCUGCAGUGGGUCAGUUACCCAACGCAAGUUAUCGGAAAGUCUGGCAAGCCCAUCCCAGUCAUGAUUCUGGGCGUUCUUCUAGCUCGCAAGUCCUACCCUCUUAAAAAAUAUCUAUUUGUGCUGAUGGUUGUCUUUGGUAUUAUCAUGUUCAUGUACAAAGAUUCAAACAAGUCAGUUGCUCAGUCAGAUGGUUCAUUCAUUGGAUUCGGUGAAGUUCUUGUGUUCCUCUCCUUGACGAUGGACGGUCUCACAGGUGCUAUUCAGGAUCGAAUGAGAGCAGAACACAGCUCUAAAUCUGGCCACAUGAUGCUAAACAUGAACUUCUGGUCUGUUGCUUACGUUGGCCCUGCUAUCAUUCUGACUGGAGAGUUUACGCAGCUCCUUGGCUUCGUCGAUCGACACCCUGUUGUUGUCUGGGAUCUCCUGUUACUUGCUGUUGCUGGUGCCCUAGGUCAAAUGUUCAUAUUCAUUAUGGUUGCUGAUUUUGGUCCUCUCCCGUGUUCUAUUGUCACCACAUCCAGAAAGUUUUUCACUGUGUUAGGGUCUGUAUUUUUGUUUGGUAACAAACUCCUUCCAAGACAGUGGAUUGCCACCAUUAUUGUCUUUGCUGGUCUAUUUUUGGAUUCUAUGUAUGGGAAAACUGCUGACAAAAAGAAAUAACAGAAUAAUUCAGUGAUAUGUGCCAAUGAUUUAAAAAUGUCAUUCAUUCUAUCCUAUCAUCAAAGAGUAUUUUAGAAUAACUCAGAGCUUUAAAAAUUUAAACCAUAUCCUCUUUCUCAAGACUUACCUGUAGAUUGUAAAAAUGAUAUGUGUUGCAGACAUUCUCAAGCUGUUGAUCACACUUCUCUGUUUGAUCAGAAUUUCAAGUACAAAGAAGUAAAAGCUUUCUUUCCGUUUACUUCCAUUUGCCGCAGGGUAACUUAUGCCAAUUGAAAUAUUCCCAGCAAUUCAGCUAUCUUCCAUUGUUCGUGUCGUAGGUGAAUUUUCAGUUGGUACCCCACUAUUUUCUGAUAAUUGUCAAUGUUGUAGUUAGAUAGAGAUAUUUCUAAGCACAUUGUGAUAUAUGAGUGUGAGUAGGUGAAAGAUUGCAUAAUGAACUGGAGAGACUAUUUUAUUUAUUUUAAUAUUAGACUUUGCACUGGUCAAUACUCUUGCUUCCAAAGCAUAUGUAAUUUCAUUCAUGAACAAAUUCCUACAAAAUUUGUCACAAAAGAGAGCAAAAAAGAAAAUCAGAAAACUGUGUGAAAAUCAGUCUAAAUAAAAGUAAGAAAUUGGCACAAUACUUUUUUUGUGGAAGUUGGGCCUGCUUCUCAGUUGACCUUAAAAAUGCUUACUUAAAUCUUUUGACUAUUUUUAUUUGUUGCCACUGUUGUUUUGAAUCUGUCCUGAUGUUGUGUUAUGAUUUAAUAAUAUUUUUCUACCAACGUUUUUCUGUUGGUAUUUUUGAUUUUAUGAAUUGUUGUAUCUUAUAGAUACAGAAUCGGGAAGCACACUUGUGAACCCUUUAGUUAGCUUUUGUUUACACACUCUGUGGUAUUUAUUUGUAAGUUAAAGUUCAGGCAGCGAGGAUCAAGCUGAUGAGCGAACUUAAAAAGCUGUUUGUUCCUUGACUUCAUAUGGAAAUUUCAAUAAACGUACUAAAUGUUA